UCCAGAAAGAAAGCAAGCCUGGGGCAACUGCGGGAGAAUGGCAGUGCCCUGGGAGGAAUAUUUCCAACUGGUUUUGGAAGAGAAACUGUCUAUGAAGAUCCCGGAGCAGAACAUGGACCAUGUCCCCCCGGUCCUGCGUCUCUUGGAGAAGAGGCAGAAGCUGGUGGAUGCAGACCGGGGCCUUCAGGCCCAGAAGGAGGUGUUCGAGAUCACAAAGGCCUCCCUGAAACAGCGAUGGGAACAGUUGGAACAGAAAGAGCAGGAGCUAAAGGGGUCAUUCAUCCGCUUUGAAAAGUUUUUGCAGGACGCCGAGGCCCGGCGCAGCCGCGCACUGCGGAGAGCCGAGGAGGAGCGGCACCUGGCGGGCCGCCGGGAGGCGGAGGCGCUGAGGCUCCGGGCUCAACUGGCCGAGCUGCAGCGGGAGCGCGCGCGGCUGCAGCACGGGCUGCAGCGUCUGGAGCCCUGCGCGCGCCUGCUGGAGCAAAUGUUGGAGCUGUUGCCCGAGUUCCAAGAGGUCCCCGAACUGGUGGCGCGCUUCGACGGGCUGGCAGACAUGCAGGCGGCGCUGAGGCUCACGGAGCGCCAGCGGCUCGCGGAGCUGGAGGAGGCGCGCGCGCGGCUGCAGCGGCUGCGGGACUCCUGGCAGGACGAGCUGCUUCUGCAGGGCCAGCGGCGAGCGCAUCUCUUGGAGCGACUGGAGUCGGCGCGGGAGCGCACGCUGCACUGGGAAUCCAAGUGGAUUCAGAUCCAGAACACCGCGGCUGAGAAGACCUUGCUCCUGGGGCGCACCAGGAUGGCAGUACUCAAUAUGUACCAGCUGGUGUGUCAGCAUCAGAGACGGCCACCCACCCUAGACAUCGAGGACACCGAGGGGCAGCUGGAGCAGGUGAAGCUGUCCAUUCUGGACCUCUCUGCCAUGCUGGCUGGACUCCAUCAGGCUGAGUCCACCGCCCCCACCUCCUAACCCGACCCAGGUGAGCAGUGGGAGAGGGACUCCUCGAGGGACCCAGCCCGAGGACAGGGGAGGCACACAUUUCCUGAAGGGUGUGGGCUGAGCGGCUCUCACCAGAAAGAUGGGAGGGCUGUGCCCGCUCAGACGGCAGUGGGGUGUACACAAGAGGCACAGAGCAAGUACUAAGUAAAUGUGAGCUACAUGGGGGCCCCCAAACCACAUCCACCAUGUGGCCUGGUAACUGGUCAGUCCUCCCAGGACAGUGGGGGCAUUUAAACCAGCUGAUGUUUGUCAGGUUGGAAUGGGGCCUGGUGCAAAAUUUCUGGGAAAUUCUAGAUGAGCAUUUGACAAGUAAAGUAAAAUAAAGGACCAGCAAGAGGGUCACAUGCGGACACCAUUCCCAGGGCGUCUGUUCACAAAGGCUCCUCCACUCUGGACUGGCGCUGAGGGAUGGCCAGUCUGAGAACCCAGCUGCAAGAUGCAGCCCAUGACCUUCGCAGGGACCCCAGGAGGGGCUUGAGGAGCACAGGGCUUGGAGGAAGGCAGAGGCCAGGACAGGUGUUGACCUCUGGGUGCGUGGUGGACUCUUCACAGCCAAGAGGAGCACUGUAUGUUCUGUCCUUGACCCUACAUCCCAUCUGCCUCUCACCAUCCAGUCUCAGGUGCAAGCCUGUCCUGGGACCCGAGGGCCAAUUUCAAGAUCCUCAAACCUCGGCAACCUACCCAUCCUCUGAGCCUGACUUUUUUCAUCAGGAAAGUG